AUGGCGAAUACUAGUGGAAAUCUUAAGCUAACAUCUCCUCAAAUUCAAAAGGAUAUUGUUAGAGUUGCUGCCUAUGAAACUACUAUAGUAAUACUUCAUGAUCUAGGAGAUGAUUUCUUUGCUAUUAUGAUUGAUGAAUCUCGAGAUAUCUCAGUUAAAGAGCAAAUGGUUGUUGCUUUACGUUAUGUUAAUAAAAAAGGCAAAGUUGUUGAGCGUUUUCUUGGUAUUGUUGAGGUUUCUAAUACUAGUGCUUUAUCCUUGAAAUCGGCUUUGGAGGCAUUGCUUGCAAAAUAUGGGUUGAGUUUGUCAAGGAUACGUGGACAAGGAUAUGAUGGCGCAAGCAACAUGCGAGGUGAAUAUAAUGGUCUCAAAAGCUUGAUAUUGAAAGAAAAUUGUUCUGCUUUUUAUAUUCAUUGUUUUGCUCAUCAACUCCAAUUAGCUCUUGUGACAUUAGCAAAAAAACAUUCUGACAUUGCAUCAUUUUUUAAUCAAGUAGCUAAUUUGUCUAAUGUUGUUGGAGGAUAA